AUGUAGAGUGCAUAAAAACUUACACAAUAAAAUUAAGAUGCUUUCUCCUAAUUCUUUGAUAAAUAUGUAUCAAAUUCCAGCAAACUCUAAAGCUACAGUGUCAGAGAACUUGCUUAGAAACUGGCCAUUUAAUAUUUUAGCGCUUAACUCCCUUCUAGAUAUUUAACAGAGAAUAAUAUGAGAAAAAAAAGUAGAAAUAUUGUUUACAAACAAAUGGAAACAGAUGCAAUUGAAAAGGCGAGAGCAUAAUUUAAGGCAAAGAAAUAGAGAAAGGAAUCUCAACAACGAAAGUUACCCCCAGUUCCCAAAAAGAAAGACACUUAACCAAGAAGUUUUUCGGUAUAACCUCCUAUAAAAUGUUUAUCGGCUCAGCCCAAGAGAUCAAUGCCUUCUACAUAUUUCUAUUACUUGGGAGAAGGGAACAAUCAUGAAUUAAUUAAAAAGUUACUAGAUGAAAGAUAAAAUUGGGUUUAGGUGAAAGAUAUUAGCCUUAAGAAUAUUAACUUUAAAUGGCAAGAAACUGAAAAAGGCUACGAAUAUCGUACUUUGGCAGGAAAUUUAAAGGACUCUACCCCUUAAAUGCUGAACCAUUUUGAGUUUCAUGCCGAAAUUUCAAAUAAAUAUCACUUGGCAUUAAAUUUUAAGACCCAUUGCGAAGUAAGUUGUUUAUUAAUAAUAAACUAUAGAAAAACUAAUUAAACGUACAAGAUUACAUCCCAAUAAGUUUUGCUAUAGAAUGCACAAACUAGAAUUUAAAAGCCGGCCUAUUUUAGUUCUUGACAUUCUACAGGUCAUAUUGCCCUUAAAAUUAAUUAUAAGAGUUGGAUAAAACUAUAAAAUCGUAUCAAUUUAAGUAUGGGACUUAAGUGGAAAGCAAGGUGGAUGAAUACCCUACUUUAUUUGCUGGGGAGAAUCUUUGGAUCUUCAAACCAGCAAAUAUGAACUAGGGAAGAGGGAUUCAUGUGGUCAGAAAUCUACAGGAGAUUAUUGACAUUUAUAAUAGGUAUUAGAAUGGAUACAGAGAGCAUCUUUUGGAGGUCAAGAGAAAUGAACAAAACGAAAUAGUAACCAAGAUAGUCUACAUUAAUACAUUGAUGACAGAGCAAUUUGUGAUUCAGAAAUAUAUUGAAAAACCCUUAUUGAUCAAAGGAAGGAAGUUUGAUAUACGAACCUAUGUGAUGAUAACAUCCAAUUUAGGAUUCUUUUUCUUUAAGUAUAAAUUUAAUUUACUAUUUAGAGAAGGGUAACUAAGAUUGGCUACCGAAACCUUUGAUGUUAAGUAAUAAUCAAAUUAUGUACACUUAACUAAUAAUGCUGUUCAGUACACACAUCCUCAAUAUGGGAAAACUGAGGAAGGCAACCAAUAUAAUUUUGAUUAAGCUUCAUAAUAUUUUAAAAUAGAUUUCCGAAAAGAAGUUUUAAUUUUAUUUAUUCAAAGGUGAUUCAAAAGUUGAAAUAGAUCUCCCUUUUGGCUUUUACAAGUGUCAAAGGAAAGAUCAAUAAAUAUAAAAGGAAGAAUUGCUUUGAGAUUUUUGGAAUGGAUUUCAUUUUGGAUGUGGAUUUCAAACCAUGGCUCAUUGAAGUGAAUACUAAUCCUAGCUUAGAAGUGACUAGUAAACUGUUGGGUACUCUCUUUCCAAGAUUGAUAGGUAAUAAUUUUGUAGAUAAGUAGACGAUGCAUUUAAAUUAACUGUUGACAGACUUUUCGUUUAAUAGAAGACACCAUCUAAAUAUCCAUUUCUUCAUUAUUCAAAUGAGGAGAACCUAUGGGAAUAUGUUUGUUAGCUUUGA